AUGGCUGCUUCAACGCUCUCCGCGUCCGUUGCUCAGGCCGCCGUUGCGCUUCAAAGCAAUGGUAGCGUUCGUGCCGAACGGAUCUCCUCCGCAGCGGCUCUUUUCCCCUCCAGAGUCGCUGGUCUCUCCGCCAGCAGCCCCUUGUCUCGGAGCGCGCGCACGCCAGGCAGCGGGGUCGCGAGGAGAGCCAACCGGAUGGCGCCACGUGCGUCCGCGGACGCAGAGGAGCCGGUGACCAUUGACAACUCGACCGUUCUCGUGGUGGGCGGUGGCGGGGUGGGCAUGGAGGUGGUUCGUCAGCUGGCCAAGGCAGGCUCGUGGGUGACGGCUCUGCAGAGGGGGGAGAAGUUUCGCAAGGAGAUUGAGGGGCUGGGAGCCAUGCUGGCCAUUGGGGACGUGAUGGCUCCUGGCACCAUUGAGAAGGCGCUCAGAGGAAACACAUUUGACGCUGUUGUGUCCACCGUUGGAGGGGGUCUUACCGACAUAAAGGUGGAUUCGGACGGCAACAACAACGUCAUAGCAGCAGCAGAGAAGGCUGGGGUUCCUCGCUUCGUCCUUGUGUCCAGCAUAGGAGCGGGCGACAGCAAGGCGGCCAUGCCAGGCAAGGAGAUGGACGUGCUGGGGCCGGUGCUGGCCGAGAAGGAGAAGAGCGAGGAGCGGCUCAAGGCCAGCGAUAAGCUCAAGUGGACCAUUGUUCGCCCAGGAGGGCUGCUCUCAGAUGCGGCCAGUGGAUCGGGCAUUCUCACAGAGGACAGCAGCGUGGUGGGGGUCAUCUCCCGUGCUGACGUGGCACAACUGAUUUUGCGCAUUCUCUUUGAGGAGAAGGCGGAGGGGAAGGUUUUCUCUGCAAUUGAUGCGCAAAAGAAAUUUCCUGGAGCGCCUGAGAAGGAGAUUGUGGAGUUCAAGGUGUAA